AUGGAAAUUCUCACUUCAGUUGGUUCCAAAUUAGUUGAGUUUACUGUUGAGCCUGUUCUCAGACAAGCAAGAUAUGUGCUUUUUUACAAGUGUAAUUUGAAUAAGCUAUCUAAAGAUUUAAAAGAUCUAGAGGCUGCAAGACAAAGAGUCAAUCAUUCCAUUGAAGAAGCUAAGUCAAAUGGCGAAGAAAUUGAGAAUGAUGUCUUAAAUUGGAUGAAAGAAGUGAAUCAAGUCAUUAACAAAGUUAACAUGCUCCACAACGAUCCAAACCAUUCCAAAGCCGGUUGCUAUCGUUGGGACUUCCCUAACUUGAUUUACCAUCGUCAUCAAUUAAGUCGAAGAGCCACCAAAAUCUCUUUAGAUGUUACCCAAAAGCUGCAAAGUGGGAAGUUUGACUGCCGUGUCGGUUACAAUCCUCGUCAUCAAGAGGAUGUUGUAUCCUUUUCCUCACCCUCACCUAAGGAUGUAUUGUUGGCAUCAAGGCGCUCAUUUCUGAAUAAUAUCUUAGAAGCUCUAAAAGACCCUAGUUCACACAUCAUCGGGGUUUAUGGGUUGAGUGGUGUUGGCAAGACCUAUUUACUGGAGGAAGUCGAUCGAUUUGCACAACAGCUGAAGCUUUUUAACUUGGUGGUUUUGGCUAAAACUUCCAAUAUUGAAAACAUUCAGGAGGUGAUUGCCGAAGGUUUAGGUCUGAAGUUUGAUAUGCAAAGUAUUGAUGCUAGAGCAAUCCGCUUAAAGAAAAAGAUGAAAGGAAAGGAGAAUAUCCUCAUCAUUCUGGACGACAUCUGUGGUACUCUUGAUUUGCAGAAAGUGGGGAUUCCAUUUAGCAUGACAGACAGUCACACGGGGAACCAUAAUAAAAAACCAACCAAUUUCAAAUUGAUGAUGAGUUCAAAAAGUAAAGAGAAUUUAUUGAAAAUGGGCGCUCCGGAAAAUUUCACUUUCAGACUUGAACCGCUUGAUGACACGGAAUCUAUUGACUUGUUUCAAUUUAUGGUUGGAGAUGUGGUUAGAGAUCACCGGAUAAAAAGUUUAGCACCUCAAUUAGCAUUGAAGUGUGCAGGUUUGCCUCUAGCCAUUACAACGGUCGCACGUGCAUUAGUAAACAAAGAUAUUAACUAUUGGGAAAAUGCAGUACGACAACUAGAAGAUGUUGGUCCAGAGGAGAUUGGUGCUUUAGUUUAUAUUCCUUUGGAGUUGAGUUACAACUCAUUAGAGUGCGACGAAGCGAGGACACUCCUCUUACUCAUCGCGGUAUUGGGAUUUCAAAAAGUGGAGUCCUAUUUAGAAGUGGUAAUGGGCUUAGGCGUGUUGAAAAAAAUAGAAACUGUGAGAGAUGGAAGACACCGCCUACAUGUAUUGGUUGGUUAUUUGAAAACAUCAUGUCUAUUGAGAGAAUCUGGUAAAUGUGAGAUAAUUGAAAUGCAUAAUAUGGUUAGGGAAGUAGCUCUCAACAUUGCAUCAAAAGACAAACAUGUCUUUGUGAAACGGCCGUUCUCAAAUGAUUCUAUGAGAAACUGCACAAACGAUUCUUUCAGAAACUGCUCGCAAAUUAUAUUGAAUUGUGACAUCACCUUACUUCCUCAGAGGUUAGACUGCCCCAAUCUAGAGCUUUUGGUGCUCAGCAAUUCAAAGUUUCUUUUAGAAAUUCCAGAUAAUUUCUUUGAGGGGAUGGUAAAACUGAAAGUGUUGCAUUUAACCAAAUUCAAUUUGUGCCAAUUACCAUCUUCUCUUUGCUGCCUUUCAGAUCUUAGGUCAUUGUCAUUGUUUUUAUGUGUUUUGGAAAAUAUGGAGGGAAUAGGAGCUUUGACAAAUUUACAAUUUCUUAACUUCUUUGGUUCUUCACUUAUCUCAUUGCCAAGCCAAAUAGGGGAGUUGAUUCACCUUAAAACACUUGAUUGUAACCAAACUGGACUCCAAGAGAUCCCACCCAAUAUUUUAUCAUGCUUGACUGAACUGGAGGAGUUGAAGUGCAGGAACUUCAUUAUAUGGGAAUCCAAUGGUACAGCUUCUGAGAUGGAAAGUCCUGAUUUGAGGCAAUUGUCAAACCUUGCUGAGUUGAGGCAAUUGUCAAAGUUGACAACUCUUGAGUUAAUGGUUGGUACUGAUGAUUUUCCACUAGAUUUGCAAUGGAUGUUUAAGAAAUUGGAAAGAUUCAAAAUUCAUUUUUGCUAUCAUCUAAUGGAAUUUUAUUCUGAAACCUUGAAUACAUUGCACAUCUGUUGUACUAAUGCACACAUUGAGGAACUAAUGAAAAGAGCUGAAGCUUUAUUUUUAAAUCACUCCUCCUCAAUGGCCCUUGAGAAUGUUAAUCAACUCAAUAGUGACGGAUUUCCUUUGCUGGAAGUUCUUCGCAUCAGGUUUGAUAGUUCAUUGAAACGCAUAGUUGACACACAUUUGGGCCAGAUUUUCUUUCCCAACUUGGAAAAGUUGGAAAUUUUCGGUCUAUCGAUGUUGGAGGAGAUAUGUCGUGGUCCCGUUGCACCUAAUUCUUUUCGAAAGCUCACCACUAUAGAGGUCAUCAAUUGUUUUAAAUUGAAACACCUUCUAUCUCCAUCAUUGAUCAAGGAGCUUUCACAACUUGUGAAGAUCCAUGUCUCUGGAUGCGGUUCUCUGGAAGGCAUUGUAUUCUUAAAUGACAAUUAUGCAAGUGUAGAUAAUGAAAUUAUCGAGUUUGUUUCGUUGAAGACAUUGGAAUUGGAUCAUUUACAUAAGCUUGAUAAUUUCUGCUAUUAUAAUUCGGGGUCUUCUGAGAUAACUGAGUAUCAAGGGUUGGAGCCUUUAAGUUCUGCACUGUUUAACAGCUCUCAGGUUGCAUUUCCUAAUUUGCAUUCCCUUACAUUGAGCAAACUAGAUGUUGAAAAUUUUUGGGAUGACAAUCAACAUAUUACUAUGUUCAACUUGAAAACUUUGAUCGUGCGGGACUGUGAAAAUAUUAAGUACUUAUUUUUGUCUACCAUGGUUGGAAGUUUUAAAAACCUUAGACAACUGGAAAUUAAGAACUGUCGUUCAAUGGAGGAGAUAAUAGCUAAAGAAAAGGCAAACAGUGAUGUUACUGCAUUGGAAGAGUGUGGAAGCUUAGAGCAUGUACUUCCUCUUUCUGUAGUCACUUCCUGCUCCAAGCUCAACAGUCUUUGUAUAAGUGAUUGCAAGGAAAUUGUUGCAGUUAUAGAGAAUGAGGAUUCUGUAUUUAUACCUCCACAAUUUGAAUUGAAUGCCUUGAAGACUCUAUCUUUUAAGGCCUUACCGCAGCUCAAAGGCUUUUAUGGAGGAAAUCACACCCUUGCAUGUCCAUCUUUGAGAGUGAUGACUGUUUUAGGCUGUGCUAAGUUGACUGUAUUUAAAACUCAGGAGUCUCUGAUGCUGCUUCAAGAACCACUUUUCGUUGUUGAAGAGGUGAUUCCGCAUCUGGAGAGGUUAGACAUAAUGAUAAAGGAUGCUAACUUGAUGAUAUCGCAAACCGAAAACAUUGGUUCUCUUGUCACCAAUUUGAAACAUAUAGGCUUGUAUAGGUCUGAGAAUGAAGAGGAGGCAUUUCCUCGUGAGCUUCUCCAAAGUGCAUGUAGUCUUGAAUCAUGUUCCUUUGAGAAAAUAUUCCUAGAUGACAGACUAUUAAAUGAGGAGAUUCGGCUAAAAAGUUUGAAGCUUUCCCAUUUACCUAAAAUAUAUGAAGGACCCCACCUACUUCUUGAGUUUAUUGGACACCUCGCAGUUGAAUAUUGUCCUAGUCUUACAAACUUGAUUCCUUCAUGUGCUUCUUUUAAUAGCUUAAUAUCUUUGGAGAUUACCAACUGCAAUGGACUGAUAAGUUUAAUUACAUCUUCUAUGGGGGAAAUUCUUGGCAAGCUUGAAGUGAUGAAGGUGAAAGGUUGUAACUCACUUGAAGCAAUCAUUACAGCAGAGGAGAAUCUUGAUUUUGGAUUACUUAAUUUGGAGGUAUUGGUGUUGGAAAGUUUGCCAAAACUUAACAAGUUUUCUAGCUGUAAGUCCCGCAUUUACCUUCCAUUGUUGGUGGAAGUAGAGGUAAAUGAAUGUCCUCUCCUCGAGAUUUUCUCUGAGGGAAUGCCGAGCACUCCCAAUCUUUUGGACAUCAAAAGAGGAGAGUUGUAUUACCCUUUGGCUGGGAACCUAAACGAUUCAAUAAGGAGUAUUUUUAUAUCUGAGGAAAUUUGUCGUUCAGAUGAACAUCAUGUACGUUCUGAUGAGCAAUGA